GCUCCACUUCUCAUUCUUGUAUUCCAUGGCACGGGUGAUGGAGAUUGACGAUGGGACCGUGGGAGAGAAAAGCUGGGUGGUGGAGAUCGAUGGCCAGUCCAAGAAAAUCGAUCCACUAAUCGAGAACAAACAAUGGUCGAAGCAGUCCAUAUACAGGGUUCCUGCUUGCAUAAAAAAAUUGAACAGAGAGGUCUACACGCCCCAGAUCGUCUCCUUCGGCCCGUACCACCAUGGCGAGAAUGACCUCAUGCCGAUGGAGGAGCACAAGCACAGAGCACUGCUCCACUUCCUCAAGAAAGCAAAGAAGCCUUUCCACGAGUUCAUGACCGCCAUGGAGGGUGAGUUUGAGCGACUGCAAGAGGCUUAUCAGAGCCUCGACGAGCGAUGGAAGGAUAAGGAAUCGUUCCUGCGGCUGAUGAUCCUCGAUGGCUGCUUCAUGCUCGAGAUAAUGCGCGUCAAGACGAAGAAGUCCUCCGACCAUGGCUACGCGUACGAUGAUCCCGUCUUUAGCGAAAGUGGCAUUCACCACAACGUGCCCUACAUAAAGCGAGAUAUGAUGAUGAUCGAGAAUCAACUGCCUCUGCUGGUUUUGGACCAACUGGUUCUCGUUGAGGGUCUUCAUCGCACGGCGGAGAAGUACGUAGACGAGCUGAUGCAAAGAUUCUGGGAGUGGAAUUCCACGGCGAGCCUGGGGCAGCGCCUCCACCCCCUUGGCGUGCUCCACAGCGUCCUGCUGAAACCCUGCGGGCAGAAGAACAGGGAUCCCAAGACGCCGAAGAUGGACACGAUCAUCCGGUCGGCGGUUGAGCUGCACGAGGCCGGCAUCCGCUUCAAGACGAGCGAGUCCGACAGCCUCCUUGACAUCUGGUUCGAUAACGGUGUCCUCAGCCUGCCGAAACUUACAGUCGACGACAACACCAAGUACAUGUUCCUCAACCUCAUGGCGUUCGAGCGCCUCCACGUCCGCGCCGGCAACGACGUCACCUCCUUCGUCUGCUUCAUGGACCACAUCAUCGACUCCGCCAAGGACAUCAACCUGCUGCACUACAAGGGGAUCAUCCUGAACGCGGUGGGAAGCGACGAGGCCGCCGCCGAGCUGUUCAACCGCCUGACCGUGGAGAAGUACGUAGACGAGCUGAUGCAAAGUUUCUGGGAGCGGAAGUCCACGGUGAGCCUGGGGCAGCGCCUCCACCCCCUUGGCGUGCUCCAGAGCUGCCUGCUGAAACGCGGCGGGCAGCAGAACAGGGAUCUCAAGACACCGAAGAAGGACACGAUCAUCCGGUCGACGGUUGAGCUGCACGAGGCCGGCAUCCGCUUCGAGAGCAGGCAGUUAAGCAGCAUCAACGACAUCGAGUUCAAGGACGGCGUCCUCAGCAUCCCCGUGUUCACUGUCGAUGAUAACACUAAGUACAUGUAUCUCAACCUCAUAGCGUUCGAACGCCUCUACGGCCGCGCCGGCUAA